UCUCCCCCUCGAGCUCCCGGCUGCCUGCGGCUCCCUCUCGCUCUCCCUCUCUCUCCGGUAGGCUCCGUCGAGCGAUGCGAGCUUUGGGAGACAGCGACGCCGCCUCCCGCUAGAGACCUGCCCCCCGGCCCGGCCCCUUGCCCAGCCCUGCCCAGCGCGCGGGGGUCGGCGAAGGCGCCGCGGACGCACCAACGGCGGAGGAUCCGCGAUGCAAAUGCACUAGCGGCACCCCCUAACUCACUCCCUCCACACCCCGCGCCGCCUCCUCCUCCGGCAGCAGCGGUAGAAGGACCCACCCUGCCCCCCUACCCCACCCUCCACCGACUCCGGCUCCUGCCUCGACUAUUAUUUUAUUUAUUUUGGGUCGUGCACAAGCCUCAGUGCCUGCAGCCCGCGCCUCCUCGGAUCGCGGGCGCCUCCUCCCUCGGCUCCGGAGCCCCAGACCCCGGCCACCUUCGCCUCGACACCCCCAGAGCCCCGCCAGCUGCUGCGAGUCUCCGCGGCUGGGAGCUUGUUAGAGGCUGUCUUUUUGGGGGGUUCUGGUUUCUCGACAUUUUUGUUUUCAGCCAAGGGGAAGCUAUCGUGAUUUUUUCCCCUUUGAGCCCAGGUUCUGCUCUUUGGGGGGGUGGGGGGCGCGCCGAGCCGGGGAGCCGUGCCAGCCGAGUCGUGCGGGCUGUGGCAGGGAAGGGGCCACCAUGGGAUGUACUCUGAGCGCAGAGGAGCGAGCCGCCCUCGAGCGAAGCAAGGCGAUUGAGAAAAACCUCAAAGAGGAUGGCAUCAGCGCCGCCAAAGACGUGAAAUUACUCCUGCUGGGGGCUGGAGAAUCAGGAAAAAGCACCAUUGUGAAGCAGAUGAAGAUCAUCCACGAAGAUGGCUUCUCUGGCGAAGACGUGAAACAGUACAAGCCCGUGGUCUACAGCAACACCAUUCAGUCGCUGGCAGCCAUCGUCCGGGCCAUGGACACUCUGGGCAUCGAAUACGGUGACAAGGAGAGAAAGGCCGACGCCAAGAUGGUGUGUGACGUGGUGAGUCGGAUGGAAGACACGGAGCCCUUCUCUCCAGAGCUGCUCUCUGCCAUGAUGCGACUCUGGGGCGACUCGGGGAUCCAGGAGUGCUUCAACAGGUCCCGGGAGUAUCAGCUCAACGACUCUGCCAAAUACUACCUGGACAGCCUGGACCGGAUCGGGGCCGCCGACUACCAGCCCACUGAGCAGGACAUCCUCCGAACCAGGGUCAAAACCACUGGCAUCGUAGAAACCCACUUCACGUUCAAGAACCUCCACUUCAGGCUGUUUGACGUCGGGGGCCAGCGGUCUGAACGCAAGAAGUGGAUUCACUGCUUCGAGGACGUCACGGCCAUCAUCUUCUGCGUCGCGCUCAGCGGCUAUGACCAGGUGCUCCACGAAGACGAGACCACGAACCGCAUGCACGAGUCACUGAAACUCUUCGACAGCAUCUGCAACAACAAAUGGUUCACGGACACGUCCAUCAUCCUGUUUCUUAACAAGAAGGACAUAUUCGAAGAGAAGAUCAAGAAGUCUCCGCUCACCAUCUGCUUUCCGGAGUACACAGGCCCCAACUCCUUCACAGAAGCCGUGGCUUAUAUCCAGGCCCAGUAUGAGAGCAAGAACAAGUCCGCCCACAAGGAGAUCUACACCCAUGUCACCUGUGCCACCGACACCAACAACAUCCAGUUUGUCUUUGAUGCUGUGACGGACGUCAUCAUCGCCAAAAACCUCCGGGGCUGUGGCCUCUACUGAGCCCUGGCCUUGCUGCCCAGCUGCCCACCGCCCUGCUGCCCCAGCCCACCCUGGAGCCCUCACUCCGCCACCUCCCAGCCCAUUCUCUGCCCUCGACAAGGAACUAUCGUGGCUGGCACCAGGGGGUGGACAGGAAGCGCCCUCCACGGCCACCCUGGCCCCAGACACCAAAACACGUGGUAACGGGGCUGGUCAGGACGCCAAGCGCCCACACCUGCCGCGAUGGGCAGCUCGCCAGCCUCUGCUUCGUCGUUGCUGGGUGUUUUCCCUGGGGGAGGGGGCUGUGGGGUCAAGGCCGCCGUCCAGCCCCGAGUGGGUGUGUUUUCUACAUGUGGUGAUUCACACUCGAAGUCUUGGGGUCUCUUCCUGUCGUCUGAGGCUGUGCCGGGGUGGGGGCGGUGGGAGCCACUGCUUAGCUUUUCUUGGGGUCUCUCUGGUCAAGGGCAGCGCCGUCACCAAAAAGCCAGGGUGGGACCAGGCCACCCACCAGCCGUGUGGGGGUCUGGGGGUGCUCAGGCCUCGGCCAGUGCUCCUCCUCCCCUUGGAUCUCCGCUCCUGGACAUCAGCCCUUCUUUCUCUGGGCUCCCCAAUACCCUCCUGGGGAACCCCCACCCCCGACUCUCAUAGGUCUGCAAAUGCUUCUGAGACUGACUUCUUGCAGAGGUGUAUGGGGAGUAGUGGGAAGGGUCAAGUCCCGCGGUGCCUGGACAGAAGUCUGGGGGGAAGGCCAUGGUGGGGGGAGGCCCAGGGGAAGUGGCACUUGUGUUGACUGCCAUGGGGGCCUCACACCCCGCCUUUGCAGGCGCCGGGGUGGUUCCUCUGCUUCUCCCCUCAGCCAGGUCUCAGGCGGCCACUCUGGAGUGUGAGCGGAUGUGCUUUUUUGUCUUGAAUUCAGGAUGAAUCCAGUGCAAACCUGCCGAGGCCACAGGGGGCCUGGGGACUGGAGAUCCUGGGGUGGAGGAGGCCCAGGGGAGGUGUGGACACAGGCCCUGUAGCCAGUGUUCCAGCCUCCUCCUGUCUUGGUGAAGAAAUAGGAGAAUCUGUUCGCAGCCUUUGGGGUCCCGCCAGCUCGGGGGGCAAAGGAGGGCACGUGGACGGGCCCACCACACUAGCGUGUCCUGUAAGGGUCGCAGCCUGGCCCACACACACCCAGUCAGUCCCCUCCUCUGCACCGAGAGUCCUCAGACCGCUUGGAGGAGCUUUGCUCCUGAGAUACCUGAGCAGAAAAGGGUGGGGUGACUCCUGGUGAGUCAGGCCCUGGCUGGCCUGGGAUGGUGAACACACCUCCCUCUCUCUCCUGGGUGCCCCUAGCUGGCUAAUGCUGCCAACCCAUAGCCUGGCAGACACCCCAGGUGCCCGGGUGGCGGCUCUGCCCCUUGAAUGAUGGCUCUGCCUAGGGAGACAUACGUGCCCGUGGGAAGAGAGGGGCUGCCCCUCGAGGCGACUCAGCUCCUCCCUCCUCGGGCCCUCUGCUCCUCCAGUCCCGACACUGGGCUCAGCUCGGUCCUGGGUCAGGCAGGACCCCCGAACUCCCAGCGCAGCCCCGACUGCCCUGCAGCCAGGAGCCCUGGGCUUCUUGUUUCCCACAGGCAGAAUUCUGGGUGGUGCACGGGAGAGCCAGGGCACCUGCCCUAGUGCCCAAUGCCCGCAGGGGUGGCUGAGCCCGGUCCCCCAGCUGGCUCUCUGCUGCUGCCCCUGGUCUCGUGGGAACUCGCCAGGCAUCCAGGCCACAGGAACCACCCUGCCAGCCCAGGUCCGUUUCGGUCUUGUCUGCCUUGCUGUGUGCUGUGCCUUGUACCAGGUGCUGGGUCGUGGCAGAGGUCAGGGCCCUGGAGCCAGCUGCCUCCAUGUCCCGUGUGGGCAGCCUGGGCCUGUCAGGCCAUCUGGCCCAGUGCUGAAAACGUCACCAUUAUUUCCGGGCACCACCACCCUGGGUAUGACCAACUGUGCCCCUCCGUCCACCCUGUGAUCUCAGGCUCAAAAGCAGCUGACCAGCCCCAUCUCUAAGGCCAUCGUCCUGGAGGUAGGGGGUCACCAGCUCUCCUGGGCAGCAGGCAGGUGGGAGGGCCCCAGACCCCAGCCCACCCUCCUGCAGCAUCAGGAGGCUGGGAGCGGGGUGCUUGGGGCCUUCCUGCCCCUCCGUCCCCUGGGCGGCCUGCCCCGUCUCUGCCCUGCUCAGCUUCUUGUGCUGUUCCUGCCCUCCGACCCCGGCCUGCCCAGGGGUCCCUGGCUGUCUAGUCACGGCCCCCACGAAGCAGGUGUCUGGGGUGAGAUUCCUUCCUGUCCACUGCGUCUCCCAUCCGCAUCGUCCCAGGCGGCUCCACCCUAACUGAGGAGGAGCACCUGAAGUGACAGAUGAGUUUCAGCUCCGUCGUGGGGGUGGGGGUGCCGGGGGCGGUGUUUUGAGUGACCAGACAGGGUGGCCCCGUGUGCACCCCCCAGAGGCCAUGCUUCAGCCCUCUGAGCGCCUCUUGUCAUCAGGCCAAAGGGAACCUGAAUCUGGGAGGGGUGCCCGCGCCGAGCCCGUGAAGGCUGCGCCUGCUGUCUGGAUGCCCAUGGGCCGCGUCUGUGUCCUGCGCCGAUUGCCCUGGAAAGAGCCGGCGCUUGGCCUUCCUGCCAAGAACAGGGAGAGGCCCCAAGGCGCUCUGGCCUGACUGGAGGGGGCAGUGCCCGAGGCCCGCAGAUGGGCUCGGUGGAGCCUGUGGGCUCUGCCCUGAGGAGGGGGCAGGGUCUGCCCCAGCCCUGAGCAGACAGCACGGCUCGGGGCCUCUUGCCAACAGACAGUAUGGUUCUGGGGCCUCCUUCCACGGAGCACUAGAGGCCUACCGCCCUGGCCCCGUCCUCUCUGGCAGUAGCAGAGCUUGGGUGCUCGUGGCCACAUGCUCCGACUGUGGGGUCAGGAGGCACUGCUCGGGCAGAUGACCACCCCGGUAUCUGGUGCCAGGAUACCCCGGUAUCUGGACCUCCCAGCUGCCCCCACCCCAUAUCCAGCUCCACACCCCAGUGACAAACUGGAGACACCCCUGCCCCCACAAUGGUCCUCUGUGACUCCGCAAGUGCCCUCCCUACCCAGAGCACCCACAACCAAGCUGUCCGUAAACCCUCAGUGGGGAGGACCCAGGCCUCAGCUCGCCCAGGCCCUUCCCUUCUGCGGGGGUGAGUCCUGCAAGGUGAGGGGUCAUCCCCUGGCUUCACCCCGCCCUGCCCUGUGGCAGUUUCUGCCUGGUGGGUGAUCCUGCCCAUUCUCCACUCUGGCCCGCCUCUCUCCUGGCCCCUCCCUCUUCCUCUGGCCUGACCCAGGGCAGGCCAAGCACAUGCCUUUGGUGAGGAAACCCACCGCAGUCGGGCCCCGGCCUUUCCUCCAGACCAGGCAGUGUCCUGCCCCCUCUCUGAGAGGUGGGGCACAUGGAGCCGCCUCUGGUGGCCUCUGCCCUUCCCUGAGCCUUCUGGAUGCCUUCAGGCGCAGCCUGGCAGUUCUCAGGAACUGAGGCCCGAGGCUCUGGCUCCAGGGCCACCAGAGAUUCAACCUGGGGUGCCAGAGGCCAGCACCCCCCAGACAGUCUCCCCGAUGUCAGCCCACAGGCCUACAGAGAGAAGGGUCCAGCCGCCCACAGCAACGAGGCCUGACAGGACAGCCAGGUCAGGAACAGGGUCUGUGAGCUGCUGCCCCCGACUCCACCCCCACCCCCAGAAA